CUGGCUUGUACAGCCCAAAGCAUUUGUAGCUCCACCUCAGAAGUGGUCUCUCCGUCGUCUCCACACAGUGAAAGAAGAAAUUUUCACUUAGAGAUCAUGGAAAAGAAUUCUCAGGAGAAACCUGAGGACUGUCACUUUCUAGAUGCAGAAUCAACUAAGACAAGAAAGAUCUGCAAAAGAUGCAAGAUCUGUGGACUGCUCUGCAUACUGGUGAUUUUUCUUAUUCUGAUAUUUUUUGGUGUCAGAUAUUUCUGGAACUCAACGCCUAAAAAAAUAUAUGACAUGGAGCAUACAUUCUUUAGCAAUGGUGAGAAGAAGACUAUUUUGAUGGAGAUCGAGCCUCUAACUAGAACCGAGUCAUUUAGAACUGGGAAUGGUAGUGAGGAAAUCUUGGAAAUACAUGACUUUAAAAAUGGAAUAACUGGCAUCUUUUUUGUGGGACUACAAAAAUGCCUCAUCAAAACUCAGACUAAAGUAAUACCUGAAACUACAGAGGCUGAGAUACAGGAACUUGAGGGAAAUGUCAUUACAACAACCUACUUUGAGCAAUCCAUGGUCUGGAUUCCAGGAGAAAAACCUAUUGAAAACAAAGAAUUCCUAAAGAACUCCAAAAUUUUUGACAUUUGCAAAAAUGUGACCAUACACUGGAUCCACCCAACUUUGAUAACAGCUCCUGAAUUCCAUGACUUUGACAAUGGUGGGGAAGAUGAUGUCCAGAUGCUUGUGAACAAGCAAGACUGGGACAAGGAACAGAAUAAGCAUCAUGUGGAUAGGGCAGCAAGGCCAGGGGCAAAACGCCAGGCUCGGCAGCUGACAGAAGAGGAUCUUCCUGUAAACGACUAUUCAGAGAACGGACUCGAGUUCCACCCCCUGUGGGAUGAAAGGGGCUACUGCUGCGCUCAGUGUCGCCGGGGCAACCGCUACUGCCAGCGGGUGUGUGAACCUCUGCUGGGGUAUUACCCCUACCCCUACUGCUACCAGGGAGGAAGGGUUAUCUGCCGAAUCAUCAUGCCAUGUAACUGGUGGAUAGCACGCAUGUUAGGGCGUGUAUAGGGAUGCUCACAACUAGCAAAGCAAUGGAACAACAACAGAUAUAUGCUCUCACUGUAGAGAGGAAACCACAGCCUCUGAGUACUUGCAUGCUACCUGUAUCCUAGCCUUGCCAUGUUACAAGUUAUCUUGUAUUACCAGUAGCUAAAGUGUAGGUCAUUAACUGCUUGAUUACAGCUGGAUACUGCACCCUGCUCUAAGCAAGAACAGCCAAAAGUCCCCUGCCAUCAGCACAGUGCCCACAGACAGCACCCAGAGGGUUGACAAAAGCUAUAUUUCAUGGGUUGGGGUUUGUGCUGAGCAGUAAGAAAUGAGACAAACAAUAAACACAUUAUUUGACUGAUUGCAAAGGAAACAAAGUUGUUUGGUGGCAGUUAAUGAUACUGAAUGGGCUUGAAAGGUGAUCUAAUUGUGCAACUUUGCGCCUGGCUCAAGUGACAGGUUGCUGAGUGGGUUCAGCUAGCUAUGGACAAAGGUUCCAUAUUGCUCCCUCUUUAGCCAGUUAUCACUAUUCCUAUAAAUGAUCCCUUUACAAUUUACAGGCUGACAGGCUAUACCACUGACAAAUCUCUAGAAGUAGAAAUCAUAUGGAAAGGACUCUUGUAGAAUUACCAGGGGCCAUUAGUUCAGCCUAAAACCAGGUGCUGAAGGAAAAAGUGCUGAUGGUUUGAAAGUUGGUACUCUGCCCACUAUGGUCAGCACCAAAUCAGUGUGUCCUCAACACAGUGCUCAGAGAUGCUGAUCUACAACAGUUGCUACCUUUUGGAUGAGAUCCAAGAGCAGGUACUUGUCCCUUUUGUGGUCAUUACAAUAUCCCAUGAUACUUUUCCCAAAAGGAGAUGUCUUAAACCCACAGUCCUGGCUGGUUUCCAACUUGAAUAAUUACAUCUUGCCUGCUUAAUUUACCCCCUGCCAUUCUGAUUGGACACUGCUUUUCACUUCCAUUCCUAAGGAAAAAUCUUCCCCCAUGGGCAGGGCUGGGAGGACCAUUGAUCUGAAGGGACACACAAAUUCUGCCACUCUUAGUGAAAAGCUACAGUGCCAGAUGGCUGAUACAGAAACUUCUACCUCUUCCCUCUAGUGCCUCUCAUCAGUGACUCUGUGAAGACUGUACCUAGAAAGAACUCAGGGUACAGAGAUGCUGCAGAAGACAUAUUGAGAGCUUAAAUCACACGCAGGUGCACAGGCAGGAAUCAAGUUGCACAUAUAAGCCCAAAAUAAGGCAUUAAGAGUUUUUAUAUAUCAACAGGAGUUAAAGCCAUGGAAGGAAGAGCCUGUGUAACUACAAAUAGGUGUAGCCUCUCUGAGGUCAGGCAAGGGAAAAUCAUUUGAAAUGGCUGCCUCGUUCCAAGCAGACGACAUGUGGGAGAUCAGGGAGGAGGUGAACGUAGACUGCAACAAGACAAACAGAAGCUGCUGUAUAGGCCUCUAGUGAAGCUCUAAGGCUAGGGAAAGACAUUCAAAAUCCUGAGCCUAAAUUGACUCAAUCUUUGCAGGUUAGUCUAGCCUGGCUGGGCUAAACCAGUUUGUAAUCAUAAAGACAUCCCCCAUGGACUGAAAAAAUGUAGGCACAUGCCUGCAGUGGCUCAGACCAGAAACCAAGGGGUGCUAAAGCAGCCCUCCCUUCCCUUCCAUAGUGCUGAGAUGAGGGGGGUGUGACCACGCUCUGGCAGGACAAGAGUUCCCCACCCCCUCCUGAGCAGCCCACCAGGGAAUUGAUAACAGUGUGUAUCACCCCUAACUCAGUGUUUAUCACCCCCUUUAGAAAACAACAGAGGGACAUUACCAGCUACCUGUUGAUUCUGCCUUUGUCCAGUCUGCCACAGCAUGGACCGAAGCCAGCAUGUGGUCUGCUAGCUAAUGCUAUGUAUCUGUGUAAGGCAGAGGGGAUGGGGGACCCCUGCUUAGAGGGGAGGGGUGAGCAGAAGCUAGGCAGGUGCCUGCAGUCUCUGCUGGAGCUGCAGCCAGGGAGCAGAGGGGAAGGGCCAACCCUGCUGUAAAGCAGAGCACCCUGCCCAUUCCAGACAGCAUGCUGGGAUGCUGGGGAGCCUGGUUUAACUUAAACCAUCAAGGGGUCUGGGACAGACAUUGCAUAAACCAAUUUGAGCCAAAUCAGUUAUGUCUGAUACUGCAUUCCACCACGUUUAUCUCAAACUGGUUUCAGCCAUUUUCAAACUGGUUUAUGUGCACUGAACAUCUGUUGUUACAGAUUUAAACCAGUUUCUGAUCACUUACACUGGUGUAUGUGUAAUGUCUGUCCCUAGCCUAAGCGAGGACGACACUCCAUCCAGAUUCCACUAGGGUUUUAAAUCAGUCCUCUCAUCAUGAACUGGUGCCUUCCACCUUCCACAAUUAAUUUACUUUCACAACCCUGGGAAGCAAUGAGACAUUACCCACUUCAGAGCUCUAGUCAGGGCUAUACCACCGAGCUAUUAAACCAGGGGUGUCCAACCUUUUUGAAUGUGGGGCCAGAUCAUGAACUUUUUAUCACCCAGUAGACUGGUGAGCCAUAUUCAAAGACCUCACAGGAAGUGGUAUCACAUCAGGAAGUGAUCUCAUGUGACCUUUGACACCAAUGAAGUUGCAGUAACUGGCAAUGCAAUGGGUCUGGAAAUGUGGUUUAAAAUCCAAAAUAAAAACAAUUUGGUCUGGUAGCACUGUUUUAUUUUAAACAUCCCCUAGCAGUGCUGGAAAGGAGUGUACCACCCAGCUGCACCCUUAAUUCCCUGCCUUUGUCCACAUGGAAAGCCACAAUUUGCAGAGGAGUAAAAAUAAUUUUUUAAUGCAAAACUGCUGUUGACAUUGUGCUAUAUUUACUCCAGAGAAUUGUUGCAGGGAUCUGAUUUUUCCACAGUUUAGCAGAGCUUUCUAUUAUCAUGGUUUCAUGCCUCUUAGUUUUCAAAUACUUGGUUGAAAUGCAUCACAGAUCUUUAAUUUCUUAUUUGCAGGCGCUUUCUCGGGGUGACAUCCAGCAGGAGGGGCAGGAGUGGGUACUCGCAUGGCCUGUCCAGUCCAGCCAUGGCCUAGGGGUGCAGGGAUCAAGGGGCACUGCCUGAUCCCGCCUUGUCCUCCCUGCCACCUGGGCGGCCUCGAGGAUGCUCCCACACUUGCGCACCUGGACUCAGCAGCCAGGGGGACAUGUGGGGACCUUACAGCAGGGUGCAGGACAUGCAGGGACACCCCCCUACUCCCUCUCUCCUGGAGCAGCCUAAGCCCGAGCCCGAGCCUGACUGGCAGGGCUCCCUCCCUCCCCGGGGCCCAUGACUCACUACCCCCAACGCGAUGUCUGCGGGCGUGGGGGGAUGUGGGGAGGCAGGAGUGGUACCCCAACAGCCACAGCAGCAGUGGCAGGAGGACCUCCCACAGGCUCGGCCACAGCACCCCUCCAAGCCGGCAUCUAUGACCCCUGUACCCACCUGACCGCUGCACCGCGAGCUGCUCCAGCACACGUGGCUGGUGGGAAUUGGCGCGGGGUGGGGCGGGGCCAACAUGCAAAUGAGGAAGGGAGGGGCAGGGCUAGGAAGGGACACCGUGAAAUGAGGGGGGAGGGGAGGAGCCGCACUGCGUCAGCAACGUCAAGCUGAUGCGGUGCGUGUGGAAACCUUGUCUCUUCUCCAGCCCUUCAGCAGCCAUUAGGAAGCUGCUGAGGGGCUGGAGGAGGGACAAGGGGUGGGAAUGAAUAUAAACAGUGUUUACUUUCGUUUCCCGUUGCAGCACCUCAGGCCUCAGAAAAUGGCUUGGCGGGAUGUUGGACAAGCUUGUCUUAAACAGCCCUAUAGCUCAGGAAGAAGAAAAGUCCCGUUAUACCCAUGUGACAGAGAGGAAAAUAAGGCACAAGGUGAUGAUGCAACUUGCUUAUGGUGAGAGAGCAGGCUUUGGGGGCAGAGGUAAGGCUCCAGAGCUGCAGUUCAGUGUGUUGGUUUCCCAAGAGCAUGUCUCUUCAACAGAGUCAUUGUUGAACGACUUGAAUGCUCCACCUACAACAUUCAGAAAAACAGGACAACAAACACCAUGGACAAUUUUUUGCCUACCAGUUACAAAGACACUUUCAGUCCAUCAUUACCAAUCAGAGACAAAUGAUACAUUCAGCAUGUAACCAUGUUAUGGGCUAAUGAUCAAAGUCCCUUCUUUUUCACCCUUUAAAGCAUUUGUCUUAGAAACGGGAGGAGUGCAUUGGCUACUGAAUGGUACAUGACAAAAGGCAAACAUCCUGUGAUGCGUGCUGUUCAGGAGAAAUGUGUGUCUGCUUUCCCAUGUGUGGUCUUCUUGAUAUAAAACCUUGAAGUAGAACCUUUAUCAUUAUUCUCUUUGAUAACAGCUACUGAAUUUGCUACAACAUAACUUCCAAGUGGUGGUGAGAAACUGUCAAUAGUCCAGAGAAGUAGUUCAAAUGCGCUUCCGAAUGUUUAGAUCUACAUUGCUGGGAUUCUGCUGUAUCUUUAAGAUAACAUCCUUGGCCAGCCCCAAGAGAAAUGAAGAGAUUGAACUGUUAUCAGUCUGCCCCUCUCUUGGAUUCAGUGAGCACUUUUCUUGAAUGCUUUACUAAUGCAUACACAAAAUAAAAAUCCCCACCUUUCCUUAUAAUUCCAGCAGAAUCACAA